AUGUUGAAGCAACUCCUGAGCAAAUUCCCCAGAAAGUCUUCCAGAUCAGAUGGCAGUUCUGAGACCCUGUCCAGCACAGGUUGCGACGAUGGGGCUUCAUCCGGCAACUCGAUCCAGAGAGCGAGCAGCAUGAACAGCGGCUCCAACAAGUCGGCCGCGGUGGUGAAGAGGAUGUCCUCCGCCGUCUUUCCGGCGAGCGUUGUGGCCGGGAUAGAGCCUCUUCUGUCCUUCAGAGAAGUCUCCGGCCAAGAGAAACAGAGCCUCUUCAUAAGCAAGAUGAACCUGUGCUGUGUGGUCUUCGAUUUCAAUGAUCAGGUCAAGAACAGCGUCGAGAAGGACCUGAAGGCCCAGGCCUUGCUGGAGCUUGUAGAGCAUGUUUCAACUGCGGCGACCAAAUUCUCAGAGCAAGCCAUUGCUGCAAGCUGUAAAAUGUUCGCCGCCAACCUGUUCCGCGUCUUCCCUCCAAACUACCGAUCCGGUUCCUCAGCUAGUGAGAACGACGAGGACGAGCCAAAGUUUGAUCCAGCCUGGUCUCACUUGCAGAUCGUCUACGAACUUCUGCUCAAAUUCAUCGCUUCACCUUCUCUUGAUGCGAAGAUGGCGAAGAAGCAUGUGGAUCACUGGUUCAUCCUGCAAUUGCUUGACCUCUUCGAUUCGGAGGACCCAAGAGAGAGAGACUGCUUGAAGACGAUCCUGCAUCGAAUCUACGGCAAGUUCAUGGUUCAUCGGCCCUUCAUUCGGAAGUCAGUGGGGAACAUAUUCUACCGGUUCACAUUCGAGACUGAGAGGCAUAACGGGAUUUCAGAGCUGCUGGAGGUCCUGGGGAGCGUCAUCAGCGGCUUCGCCCUGCCACUGAAGGAGGAACACAAGAUUUUCCUCUCCAGAGCCCUGAUCCCCCUCCACAAAUCAAAGUCCGUGGGCAUCUACCUCCAACCGUUGACUUUCUGCAUCACCCAGUUCAUCGAGAAGGAUCCGAGGCUCGCUAGCGUGGUGAUUAUGGGGCUGUUGAAGUACUGGCCGAUCACCAAUAGUCAGAAGGAGGUGAUGUUCCUCGGGGAGCUUGAGGAAGUGUUGGAAACCACCACCAUGGCAGAGUUCCAGAAGGUGAUGGUCCCUCUGUUCACCCGCAUCGGCUGCUGCCUCAACAGCUCUCACUUUCAGGUACCUGAUCCCCCUCCCCCACCCUGCGAACUCCAUAUUUUCCUUCUCAUUGCAGUCGUCCUGCUCAUGAGAAACCUUGUUUUCUAAGCCCAUAUUAUAUAUAUAGAUAAAUUAUCAGGAUUUAGCCUCAAUGCUCAGAGAUCUUCUUAAGUGGGAAGAUUGAGUCGGCUGAAGGCAUCUUAUCGUCCUUAAUCUCCGGAAUUGCCAUGAUCUUCUCAUGCCUUUUUUUGUCUUUAUCUUUAUUCUCUUUUGUUCUUUGGCCUCUGCUGGUGAUUCUCGAGAACCGCGGGAUCAGAGAGUUUUGUGGUGUUUACAAGUUCCACCGGGAUCUGGUGGUUGAAUUUGGGCGCCGUCUUGCUCCUCAUCGUCUUCUCUCUUUUACAUUCCCUUUUUGUGGUGUUUACAAGUUCCCCUGCGUCAUUAUGGUCAACGCCCUCCUUUCACAGGUUGCGGAGCGAGCUCUGUUCCUGUGGAACAACGACCACAUAGCCAGCUUGGUGGCGCAGAACCGCCAGGCGAUCUUGCCCGUCGUCCUCCCCGCGCUGGAGAGGAACGCCAGCAGCCACUGGAACCAGACGGUGCUGAAUGCCACGCUGAACGUGAGGAAGAUGUUCUCCGAGAUGGACGAGGAGCUGUUCCUGGCGUGCCGCCGCAAGCACGAGGAAGAGGAAGCGCAGCGGGCGGAGGCGGAGGAGAGGCGGCGGACGAACUGGGCGCGCAUUGAGGAGGCCGCCGCCGCCGCCGCCGCCUUCCAGCCAGCGGCCGGCUACACCGCCGUGCUCGUGAAUCCCCCGGCGGCGCCGCCGAUCUUCACCUAG